AAAACAAACGGAAUUUUAGUUUUUCUCGAGACGUUGUUGAGUUAAUGUAACGGUUAUCGCAUAAAUAUUUAUUGUCUGAUUUCGGUGCAUUAGGAAAAAAUGCCUAAUAAAAAAUUUUGCAUAAUUUUAGAAAAUAAUUUACACAAGUUUUAAGACUUCUACAAUUUAAUUGUCAAUAUUCGUGUUCGAACUUUUUCUCGUUUUGUCAAUUCGAAAAGAUUUGUAUAGCGAUUGAAACUGUGUCGGUAUAAAAAGAAUAACAAAUAGCUUUUUUAUGAAAAGAAAAGUUAUUAUUAAUAUUCAAGUAAAACGAAAAAAUAUUCUAAUAAAAAUGAUCAAAAAAAGAAAAAUUAUUUAUUAAUAUUCUGAAUACAAAAAUUUCAUUUAAUAACUAUUGUGCAUGUCCGAGAAAUUAAGUAAAACUUUUAUAAUAACGAUUAUUAAUGCAAAAGAAAAGAAACACAGUAAUAAAAUACUAAAAAUAUUUUUCAUAAUAGCAUAUAAAAUAUUAAAAUUCGAAAAAGAAAACAAAAAAUACUUAAAUAGUAAAACUAAAAAUUCAAAUAGAAAAAAAAAACUGCAUAAAAUCUUUUCUAAAAUUUAAAAAAGAAGAAAAGAAGUUGUUUUUCAUAUUUUGUAGCUUGUUUUAACCUACUUUCUUCAUUUUAACAACUUUUUUUUCUAUAUUAAAACUAUGAGUGCCUCUUUUAAAAUAAAAGAAUAGUGCGGAAAUUUUAACAUAACUAAAGUAACAAACAAAAUAAAAACGAGGUGAAAAAAAAAGUGAUCCACGUGAAAAUUAUUUGAUUUUUUUUGUUACGAAAAACAUUUAGAAAAAAAGAAAAAUAAUUUAUUUUACAAUAAUUGCUAUUUUAAAAGUGGAUGUUUUAAAAAUUUGAAUCGGAGUGUAAUAAAAAACAACGAACUGUAUUUCGCGCGUUAAAGAAAACUGAUGAAAGAACAAAAGACUUUGUUUUAUUUUGACAUAACGGUUUACAAAUAUUUGAUUCGUAUUUAAAUGCACAUAAUUUCGAAAUGCAAAAGAUGUGCAUGCGUGCUUUCAUAUAUUCAUUUUCCAUAUCGGUUCCAUAACUGAAAAUAAAACGAGUGCUUGGUGUUAAGAAAAGUACAAGAAAAAAGUUGUUAUAAAUUUUAUAUUUUAAUUGUUAUACUGUAGGUUAACAUUAAUUUUCAAAUUAAAUAAAAAACUUUAUGUAUGCGUAAAUUUAUGAUACUUAUUCGUUCCUUUAUUCAUACAGAAUUUUAUCAAAAGAUUCAAUUAUAAUUUAAAAUAAAAAAAAACUUAAAAGAAAACAUAAAGAGAGGAGCAAAUAAUUUACUGAGCUUUUGUUUUUUGGUUUUCUAAUUUUUUACCCACUACAAUAACAACAGCAACAUCACAUAUGACAAACUCUUUUAAAAUUUUAUUUAAAAGAUAAUGGCCUGACCAUCAAUAUCGAAACUUUUUUAACAUUUAAGCUAAUAAAAAUUUAAUAAACAGACUUCAAGAGUCUCUCUAUUUUCAUACAUAUGUUUUUAACUAAAAAUAAUAAAACCAUGUCAUCAUCAGCAAUUUGUCCAAAAUUCUCUCAGAAUGCAUGGCGUAAGGACUUAUGCUCGAAUUGUUUUAAAUCCAAAGAAGACCACAAAAUCUCGAAUUCGAAAAAUGUUAAGACUGAAACAAGUAAAAUAAUGUCCAAAGUGAAUUCAAUUUCAACGCCAUCACCAUCACCUUCGAUAUCUACCUCAGUAAUAACAACAACUGAAUCUUCAACAACCUCAACAGUUUCAGCAACAAUACAAAACAAUAAUGCAAUAAAACAACCAAUAAAAUCAAUUAUGAAGUAUGGCAUUCCGAAUAAAGAAAUUAAAAACAAAUUAACAUCUUCAUCUUACUUAUUAACAACAUCCUCAUUAUCGACAGCGUCUUCUAUUAAUAAAAAAAGUAAUAAAGUUUGUUUUCCAAAAGAAUUUGUUGAAAUCAUUGGUUAUGGUGGUGAUUGGUCAGAUUGUGAUAAUACCGACGAUGAAGAUAAUGACUAUUCAAAUACUAAUAGCAAUAAUCAAAACGAAGAAAUUGUCCAUUUAGAUGAAGAAGAUUUAGAACUAGAACGCUUGACCAAAUCGAAUACAGAUUUUAAUAUGAAUAAUGGUAACCUGUUAGGUAAUGCAACUGAUAAUAUUAAAAAAUCAUUUGCACCAUUAAGAUUAGGUGCACCGCAACUAGAUGCAGAAGGUAAAAAACAAACAUUGAAAAUUAGUGUACAGCCUUUCGGUGCACCUGUUAAAAUGUCAUCGAUGAAAGAAAAAUUCGAAUUAAGUAAAAUGGAGUACGAAAGAAUUUCUAAGGAAAAAAAGAUGACAAACACUACAACGUCAAUGUCAACAACAACGACAUCUGCAAUAACAUCAUCCUCAUCAUCAUCAGUGACAUUAGUUGCAAAUAAAUCAGAAUCGAAUAAUAAAAAAGAAAACAAAGAAUUGAACAAUAAUAAAAAAAUCACAACAUCAGCAACAAAUGCAACAUCAUUGACAUCAAAUAUACAGCAAUCAUCAAUUAUUAAUAAUGUUAAAGAUAGUCUAGAAACUGCUGUUGUAGCUCAAGUUGACAGUGACGGUACAAACAGUCCACCUGUCGAAAGAGCAAUGGAAAAAUCUCUAUUAGAAGAGAUUUCUGAAACUUUAGAACAAAAAAAAUUACAACAGGAACAGACGAUAGAAACGAGCUCAACAUCUGCAUCAAAAAUUCAGUCAGGAAAAGAUGGUAGAAUUAAAUUUGAAGUCAACAAUGCUACAGAAACGACUUCAACAUCUUCAAAAACUUUUGAGUUAAAAAAAUCAAUCGCCAGAAAUCCUCCAAUUACAAAAGAUCACGUAAAACCAAAAAUUACGGUAUUUUCGAAAUAUACAUCAAAUGGCAUAGACUCAUCAGACAGUAACAACGCAUCAGAUAACGAAAAUGGUAUUUCCGCUUAUUAUGAUGUUGUAGAAACAACCGCUUCUUCAGGUAAUAAUGCUUACGAAAAUUUACCAGAUGGUAAAAGUAAGGAUCAGGUUGACAAUAAUAAUAUAAAAUCGAAUUCAAAAAAGAAUGUACUAAGUAAAGAGAAGGAAAACAAUCCGUUUUCAUCAUCGCAAUAUAUAACCGAUAUGCUGUUGUCAUCGAGAACAACGUCUGCAUCAUAUUCAUUGCAUGAAGGAAGUUUUAUGACAAGCAAAAUAACAUCUGAUGGACUUAUUGUUACGAAAUGUUCUUCGGAUGAUGCAUUAGAUUCAACUGGUUCGAGUUUUGAUGGUAGUUCCGAUGAAGAAGCGUCAUAUAACAUGAAUCGAAGCGAAUCAGAUUCCGGAAUAGGAAUUUCUAUAACAAAUGAUUACAAAACAACAAAAGUAGAUAAAUUUGAAAAAAAAUUAAGUGUUAGUACGAAUAAUUCGGAUUACGAAGACAUACAAGUGAUUGAAGAGGAACCAACAUCAAAAACUGUAAAUUGUCCAGCAAAAACAACAAAAAUACCAGAUAAAACUUUUUCAGUUGAAAAGAGUCGCGAACUGGCUGGAGAACCUGACGGAAGUGCUGAUCCAGAUGGUACAAAGGGUGAUAUUGCAGAAAACUUACCAGCACUACCUAAGUCACCACCGCCAACGUCUCCUGUAUCACCAGUUGGGAAAAUAAAAACAGCCAUGCCCGAUCCUAGGUCAUCCUUUUUACAUGGAAUGCAAAAAAAUAUAUCAUCCAUUAAUGCUAUGAAGAAGCCGGACGUUCCAGCAAAACCUGCCAGCGUUAAUGUUUUAAAAACUUUCGCAAAGAGGCAACCCACACAAGCAGAACAGCAGGUAGUUUCGCAAUUGCAACAAGUGAUUAAGUCGCCGAUUUCAAAAACGCUAGAUAAUCCAGAAAUUCGAGAUACGCUCUCCCGAAGAGAAGGUAGUGAAGUUUCGAAAAUGUUGAAGAAAGGACGAGCUCCAAAUCCUCCUCCGGUAAACUUACAAAUGCAAGACUUGCCAACACCACCACCAACUCCGCCGCAGCUUCAUGAUAAAAAUUAUAGCUUAAAUAUGGAUCCCCCUAAAAUACAAGCCGAAAUUAAGAAAAUUGUUAAUUCAUUUGGAGAGUCUAGCCCUAAGACAUCAAUGAAAACAGUUGACUCUUCUUCUCCAGUCUUAUCAACAAAUAGUAAAUCUGAAUCAAUCACAUCUAGUGACAGUAACCCUCAUUCAUGCAUAUAUAUGAGAAAUCCCCAACUACAAACUGGAAAUAAUUUCAAAUCUACUUCUCCAGUAAUUCGAGAAAAAGAUAAACGGGAACGUGCAAUAGUUAAUCCCAAAUUUAGAAGCUUAAAUACUUUUAGUCAUCGAAAAAAUCAGCAACAGCUUAUAAUUGCGACAUCGGAACUGAAACCAUCAACUCCAGAGCCGACACCUAGAAAAAAUCUUUCCAUGUCAGAAGAAUGUCUGUCUUCCGAAAUAGAUAAAGCAAAACAAAAACCAAAAACCAAAUUUUCUAUCAAAAAGUUUUUAAGGAUGGGGACAAGCAAAACUACUGAUAACCUUCAAAAAAAGGAUGAAAUUUAUUCGGAAAUUUGCACUGGAGAAGAUAAUAACACAGUUGGUAAGCCGCGUUUGGUUAUCAUUCACCCAAUUGAUAUUAAUACAACAGGUGUCGAAGUUGUAAAAGAUAUACCAAAAAGCCCUACAACUCCAGAUAUAAUAACAACUGCUGUUGCAGCAGGUAUCAUAAGUGGAAAACCUCCGGCCCCUCCGCAACGUACAUUGAAUAUUGACGGCAACAAACUUACAACAGAAGUUAAUAAACCAGCUAGACCUCCGCCACCAAAAAGUGCGGAACUAAGACGGAAACAAAAAAUUGGAUUUAAUAUAAAUUUACAACAAGGUGGAUCCGUUAAAACUAAAGCUGAUAAUGUUUAUGCCAAUUUAGGUGAAAUUCGUUCAGCGAUAGCACCCCGUAAACCAGAACGUACUGCAAGUAUGAGAGAACGUGAAGCUCAACUGGAAUUAGCACGUAAACGUGGAAAUUCCAACGAAAAUUCUGAUACAAUCUCAGUUUGUUCAUCAAACGGUGGUAGUGUAUCAAAUUCAGAACAUCAUAAUUGUCCAAUAUCAUCACCAACUGCCUCAGCAACUUCCACUUUAGAAUCAGUUUUCAAAAAUAAAUCUGGUCAUACUAAGCAAAAACAACAGCAAGAAAUAAGAGACUCAAAUUUUUCUGAACCAACAUAUACAUCCUCUUCAGCAAAUGCAUUAAUAAAGGAAAAAGUUGUUGAAGAUAUAAAUUGUUCAAUAUUGCAAUCAAUUCCGAUUGUAACAACACCGGUAAAUACGAAUCCAAAUGUGUUAUCUAAUAAAGUUAAUAAAAACGCAUCAAAACUAAACCCAACUGGAGGUACAAUAUCCAAGGAUGAAAAACUAAGUACUUUUGAAAGAAAAAAUAAAAAAAUUGAUAUGCUUCCUACCGGCAACAAUUUAAUUGGGCCAGAUAUAAAUCAUCAAAAUUAUAAUAGUAACAAUUCCACUCUUACGACUACAUUGAAUAAUGCAACAUUUUUCAAUGGAAAAUCUGUAGCAAGUAAAUUGGAGAUAUUCGAAAAAAGUGGAAAUGUUUGCAGUAGUAAUGUAGUAGGUUUGUCGGAUAAUGUUAAAGUAAAACUAAGUGAUGGACUUAAGGAUUCUGUACGCAAAAUCAGUAACACAAUUGACAGUUAUUUAAAAGAUAAAAGAGAUUAUGAAUCGAUGUGUGAUGUAUCGAAUAACAAUAAAGUUAUACCACCACCAACACCCACACGUAACUGUAAUACAACCCUAACAUCAAGCACAACAAAUUUAUUAUUUAACGAAACACAAAAUUCAGAGCAACCGAAUCAAACAGAAAAUCAACAGCAAUCUGAUAAGCAACAUCACGAUACUAUGAAAAGUACAACUGACAUGAUAAUCGAUAUGAGAAAAAGUUACGAAUUGAUGAUGAAUUCCACUCGUAGCAAUCAUCAGCAUUUAUAUCAAAGUCGUUCAAAUAGUUUUAUACAAGAUGCGCAAUCAAUUUCGGGACAAAGUCUAACGACACGCAGCGAAUAUGGAGUUGGAGGGCUAACAUCAUCAUCAUCAUCAUUUUAUGGUGGAAAUAGGCAAUAUACAAAUGGAUUUAAUGCCAGUUUAGCAAACAUUCCAAGAGUUAUAUCAGCCUCUUACUGUGGAAGUGAAAUGGGUGAAUCUGAUAUCUAUUCUCCAUAUAGUUUUUAUGGUGGAAGUGAAGCUGGUGCUGAUGUUGCUGUUGACCUGCAUGAUACUAUAUGGGGCGUUCCCAAUGUCGGAAAAUCCAGAGUUAAAACAACAAACAGAUUAAGAAUGCGAAAAGGACGUAGUGUUGUACAUAAAAAUAUUGAGGAUAACUAUAGUGCAGUUGUUGUUGCCAAUCAUGAAGCGUUAGCUCAAGUUCUUGAACAGCUUCAACAGACACCAUCAAUACCUGUACCUUUACGGCCUUUGGCAAAUGCUAUCAAUUUACGCUUCGAUGAUUUCACUGUUCUUGAAGGUGGUCAAGCAUUUGUUGUUGGUAAACGUGCCUUUCAUUCUGCUGUAUGGAAUACAUCACCAGUAACGUUAGCUCUUUCGGCUGAUUGCAAUCAAAUAUCUGGUGUUAGUGGAGAACUAAAUCAACUUUCCGGCGGUAUAAGUGAUGUCCUUAAUCCAAUCACAGAGUUUUGCGAUUUAGUACCAAGCUAUCAUUUACCCUUAAUGCCCAGUACUGAGGUUCGUAUGAUGCAGGCAACAAUAUCCGUUUUACCGCGAAUGCAAUUGGAUACAUUACAAUCAAUUGGUGCAAUAUUAAAGAAUAAAUCUCAACUCGUUGACAAACAUAUGACAAAUUUUCGUGGCUCUAUACCUAAUUUAUCAAUAACAAAUCAACAAACUAAUGAGAAAUCAAUUCUUAAUUCAUCUGGUUUACGAAACGUUUAUUCUGUACAAAACUUAACAACUUUGAAUGAAGAAACCCAAGAAAAACCAUCGUCAGACGAUAUUAUAAAUUUACCUGGUAUGCCAAGCUUUGAUGAUGUAAUGUGUCGUGAAGUUGGAUUUAUUAUGUUACAAUUAGUGAAUGGUUUAAAAAAUUUACAAGCAAAAGCUAUCGAGGAAAUGCCACUUAGUUUAUCAAACGUUAUACUUUGUAAAGAAAUUGAAAAUAAAGAUGCACAAGCUAGGUUAUGUGUUUUACACGGUUUAAAUCCUGACGAAGAUGAAUUACUGGGACCAUUAUGUAAAUGCGCUCACAUAGCAUUAAAUGAUAUGCUUCCACAAACAAAACUUUCAGCAAUUCUGUCAAAAAUACUUUUGCAGGAAAGAUCAGAAUCACUAUCUAAAGCAAAGGCACUUUUGGAAUUCGUUUUAUGGGGACCUUCGGACGUUGCAUUAACUGGUUCGAUAAAGGAACGGGAAUCAGCUUUACAACGAUGGCUUGAUCUAGAGCGUGCAACAGUUUUACAUGGACUUGUUCGAACUAGAGUUGAACUUACUGUUUAUGAUGAAUGCCAUUUAAUGUUUUUAGUUAGAUCAAAUUCAAAAAUUAUGAACGAAGCUGCAAAAUUGGUAUCAAGCUUAAAGUCUGCUGAAGAUCCAAAUUAAAGAAAGAAUGUUAAUCAAAUUAAUCAUAGAAAAUUUAGAUCGGCUAAUUUUAUAAAUAUUAGUUGACGUGCUUUAAGUAAAAUAACGUGACAAAAAGGAUUUUCUAAAAUAAACCCUAAUUUUUGUUUGUUUUCUCGAA